CAGCUUCACAACUCUCAGAGUCGCACCACCCACACCACCUCCUUGAGCUGAUCUCAUCUUCUUUCAACUGUCGUUCCAAGACCAACCACCACCAGACAGACGGGGCGGGGGGGAGGACGAGGAGUGGGAAAAGGGACUCCGAGGUAGUCGAACAUGCCUCCCCAACAUCAACAACACCAAAAGCGCCCCCAGUUGCAAGAACAAGAGGAGGCUGACAGUUUGUUAUCUACUCGAUCCCCCGAAUCAGAAGGAGAUAGCGAAGACGAAGAGAAAGCUUACGAGUCCAAAGAAAAGGUCAUCAUCGUCGGCACCGGCGAGAGUGAGAGCACCGAAUCAGAUAACUGUUUUGCGACUCCGCCCUUCUCAUGGAAGAAACUAUGGCUGUUUACCGGUCCUGGGUUCUUGAUAAGUAUUGCUUUCCUCGAUCCCGGGAACCUCGAGGGGGAUCUUCAGGCUGGCGCCAUUGCUGGGUACUCGCUCCUGUGGCUCUUGAUGUGGGCUACCGUCAUGGGGCUUCUGAUUCAGUUGUUAUCGGCUAGGCUCGGUGUUGCAACGGGUCGGCACUUGGCCGAGCUCUGUAGGGACCAGUACCCGACUUGGGCUAGGUAUUUGUUGUGGUUUAUGGCGGAGUUGGCUCUGAUUGGGGCUGAUAUUCAAGAGGUUAUUGGUAGCGCCAUUGCUAUCAAAAUUCUUAGCCAUGGAGUUCUGCCGCUUUGGGCUGGUGUUCUUAUCACCGCCUUUGAUUGUUUCGUUUUCCUAUUUCUCGAGAACUAUGGGGUGAGGAAAUUGGAAGCUGUGUUCGCAGUUCUCAUUGCUACAAUGGCGCUUUCAUUUGCGUGGAUGUUUGGUGAAACCAAGCCCAGCGGCAAGGAACUUCUACUAGGUGUUCUGGUUCCAAAACUAAGCUCAAAGACCAUACGCCAAGCCGUGGGAGUGGUUGGUUGUAUCAUUAUGCCUCACAACGUGUUCUUGCAUUCUGCUCUUGUGCAGUCAAGGAAUAUUGAGACUCAUAAGCGAGGUCGGGUUCAAGAGGCCCUCAACUACUACUCCAUCGAGUCAUCUGCUGCCCUGCUUGUCUCCUUCGUGAUCAACUUGUUUGUCACAACUGUUUUCGCAAAAGGAUUUUAUGGCACAGAACAAGCUACUAGUAUAGGCCUAGUAAAUGCGGGUCAGUAUCUUCAAGAGAAGUAUGGGGGUGGACUGUUCCCAAUCCUUUAUAUAUGGGGUAUUGGAUUACUAGCAGCAGGGCAGAGUAGCACUAUAACUGGCACAUAUGCAGGCCAAUUUAUUAUGGGAGGCUUUCUCAAUCUCCGAUUGAAAAAAUGGCUUAGAGCACUAAUCACAAGAAGUUUUGCAAUUGUCCCAACAAUUAUUGUUGCACUUGUUUUUGACACCUCUGAAGGAAUGUUGGAUGUCCUAAAUGAAUGGCUUAAUGUGCUUCAGUCAAUUCAGAUCCCUUUUGCAAUCAUUCCUCUUCUUAUAUUGGUCUCAAAGGAGCAGGUCAUGGGCGUUUUUACGAUUGGUCCUGCCCUCAAGGUUGUGGCGUGGAUAGUGGCUCUCUUGGUGAUACUGAUCAAUGGGUAUCUUUUGCUGGACUUUUUCUCUUCUGAAGUGAACGGACUAUUUUUUGGCUCUUUGGUGUCUGCAGUUAUAGCAGCAUAUGUGGCAUUUGUUAUCUAUCUUGUUUGGCAAGGUGGUGCCUUUAAUUCGUGCCUUCGCCUUGUACGCUCCAAGAAUUUGAUGCAGACAGGAAACUGAGCAUGUAUUUUCUACACUACUGAAUCGACAACAAAAAGAUUGAUUGGAAUCAUGUUGUACACUGGGUUUCCAAAUCGCAAGAGCUCCGUCCUACUGCUUUUUUACAGUUUAAAUCAUUUUGACCAUACUGAUAUGUAAACUUUUCAUGCCUACUUUCAACUUUAAGCUUUGGGUUACUAUUUUGCCCCUUUUACUACAUGGAGCAACUCAGGAAUCAGGAUUAUUAUCCAUGCAUCUCUAGAUGCUCUUCUUAUCCAAGGACUUUUUUUAGGUUUGAUCUUCUAAUCCGAGAACUGAUGUCGCAUUUUAUGGCCUAGCAAUAUGAGAGUAUUUAUCCACCAUCGGCCAUCCCAUGUAAAGAUAUGAAGCAAUGUAUUUUUCCUCUCCAGUUAGAAUAGGGAGCUACAAGAGUGUAAGUGUUAUUGCAGGCUUUUUAGUUGUAUACAGUGGUAAAGCUGGCAUAGUUUUCCUUUCAAGUUUCAAUGAUAGUCAAACUGGCAGCAUUCUAUUCUUAGGA